AGCAAUACUUUGUUUCGUAUCACUCUGCAGGUAUUUUUGGACCGCUUUGUCGAGCGUGAGAUACAGUCACUGUUGGUCCAUUGCAUUCAUCAAGACGAAGGAUGUGAUUGGAAAGACGAGCUUAGAAAACGAGAGGUAACACCUAAGCUUCUAUAUGAUGUUCAAAUAAGUCAUGAUGUAUACCCACUUCCAGCCCUACUGAGAAGGGCGGUCCCAGUCGGGUUAAUCUGUAGCCGUGAAACACUGAAAAGCGGUGACUCGUCAGGCAAAAAUAUAUUGAAACAUUUUCACCGUACACCUUGUCAUCUUGUCAUGAAAGUGCCAAGGUCGCUUUAUCAGAUUUUUUGUCUUGUCUUGGGUUUAUUGAUUCUAUUAUGGUGCUAAACAGACCACCCAUCUCAACCAUCGGCUUUACUGUUCAGAUAGACCCUCUGUGAUGCCCAUGCUUGUAUCAGCUGGAUUAUCUACGAAAUACGUAGAGAUGUAAAAUAUAAUAGACGAGAUAAAGUGGUUUUUAAUUAGGUCAAAGUAGUAUAGGGCGCAAGAUUUACCUAUGUGUAUUAUCCGCGCGUAAACUUAAGAACGUUACUGGAGGAAAGUAAUCUUCAAUUUACUCAAAGAAGUAUAUGGCGAAUUAUUUAAUCCUUGGUUUGGAGCAGAAACCUUAUCAACGUGUGUCAGAAUAUUAUCGGAAUAAAGCGAUUUUCAAUUUGGCUUAAGUACAUUUAGUAUAGUCCUUUUUCAACACGCUAAUGAAGUCUCAGCCAAUACAAAACAAAAUUACUUUAAUCGCGCGCGUCUUUCUUUUCUCGGUAUUGGCAACAAAACAUUUUCUCUGAGUUUUAGCUUAUAUAUUUUUUGGUUUUACAAUGAUCCUAGAUGGAAAGUUGCUGGUUCUACAAUACAAUUCUACGCGUAUUGUUUUAAAUUAUCGUUAUUAUUAUCUCGUCCAUUAUUGUCACAAUUGUCAAUUACCUGUUCUCGUGUGCUAGGAUCACGAGGCUGUGUGUGAGUACGUUCAAGUUCCAUGCGUGCAUUCAGGAUGCGGUGAACUGGUGACUAGAUCAAGCCUAGUGGAGCAUCUUGAGAAGUCGUGUCAAUUCAGAAUGGAAAAAUGUGACCACUGCCAAACUCUUGUUGAGUUUGCAUUUUUGGAGGUAAGAAUAACUCUACUGAAAUCGGCUGUUUAUCUUUAAGUUGUCCUCAUUUGGAACAGGAUCCUGAAGUAAUUUAUAUUUAACGUACUUUUACAUCUUACUUUACAACAAUAAAUUUCUGACGCUGAUUGACUCUUUGGAAAUUUCUUCAUGUCUCUAAGCUCCUACCGUCUUAAAUCGUCAGAAAUCGGUGCUAAUAAAAGGUCUCAUAAAUAUAAGAUCUUUUCACUCAAAUUAAUGGUCUUCAUUUAAAACCAUAGUAACCUGGUUGUUCAGAGCGAUCUCUAGCUUCAUGACUAAUACAUAAUUCAUUGUGCACAGGAUCACCAAGAAUCUCAGUGUCCCUCCGUUCCUGUGACUUGCACAGAAUGUGGGAGAAAGGACAUACGUCGUUCUCAGGUGAGUUAUGCUCCAAGAGGUUUUCUUCUUCCUGGUGCUGUGUUUUUACACACUCCUUGAAAUAAUGAUUCUAGAUUCAAAUUUGAUAUGCAACGCACGCUUAAAUGUGUAAACGGGUUCUUAACAGCUAGCCCCUAGACAGUAACACUGGAAUAAUACGUUUGAGACUUUACGUUGGCUUCUAUCUUUCUCACUCAGAUGUGUGCCCAUAUUGAUCCGGUAAAUGGAGACUGUGAAGAAAUACAAUCAAGUUGUCCAUGGACGCAAAUUGGAUGCCCUGAGACUAAGGUAUGCAAAUACCUGACAUUACUUCAGUUAGGAGGGGAUCGCUCAUUAAAUGGACCAACGUUGAAAAAAAAAUGACGCUGAUAGUUUUUUGCGUGAAUGGUCACCACACUUAAGGAGUUGCCAGUACUUUGCCUUGCCAGAGGAAUAUCAUACGUCAUACGUCAGUGGGACAUUUGACAUGCUUUUUUGUCUAGUACGGUAAACUCCUACUGAAAGGUCCUUAGAUUGUGCAGGUAAGAGAAGAAAAGAAGUCUCCGGAAUGCCCAAUACUAAGUCGUGAUCAAAGGUUCCUAAGAACCACUUUUGAAUCCGCUUGAAGUUUGACUGCAUGCUCCAAGUCAGCAAUCACUCGGACAUUUCUAGAAGGGCUGCGUGUUUAUUAAAGUUUCUAGGCAUUAAUACACUAUGUCGUUUUCGUUUUGUUUAGACUAUGAAGCUUCAGGAACGAAGAAUGCAUAAAGAGGAAAAUGCUUCCGGUCACUUGAUGCUCUUAUUUCAGACCAUAAUGCAGCUCUUCUCAAUGGUUGGGAAGACCAUGCGGGAAUCUGGACACGUGUCAAUGAAUGGCGUAAAUUUACCAAAACAGAAAGAUUUGGAACGCUAUGCUAAACAAGUUGAGAAUACACUGAAAGAAAAUGAAGAACUAAAAUCAAAACUGGCACAACAAGAAGAAAGAAUAAGGCAACUGGAAAGUUCUAGACAGAAUAGCUCAAACUCAGCAACAGCAUUUGAUUCAACGCUCGCCAAAGAGCUUUUACAAAGAAUAACUACAGAAGAAGGAAAGACGGCCAAUCUCGAACUUUUGCUCGUUGAAGGAAACAGAUUAAAUGAAGAACUACAGAAAAAAGUGACUACCGUAGCCAGGCAACAGGAGUGUUCGAAUGGAACAACCGAUCGACUACAGAGACAGUUCGAGUCCAUGAGUCACUCUCUAGCACUUCGUAAUGUUAUGCUGACAGAUUUGGACGAAUAUGUGAGGCAGCAGGAAGUAUCCAGCCACGAUGGAAUCUUGAAUUGGAAAAUCACCGAGUUCGCUAAGAAGCGGGAAGACGCCGUCUCCGGGCAACAGACGUCAUUUUAUAGCCCGUGCUUCUUUACCAGUCGCUAUGGAUACAAGAUGUGCGCGCGCAUCUACUUGAAUGGUGAUGGUAUUGGAAGAGGGACACACAUCUCGGUAUUCUUUGUUGUCAUGCGUGGUGAGUACGAUGCGUUACUCCGCUGGCCAUUCAGACAGAAGGUUACGUUCAUGCUGCUGGAUCAGAAUAACGUAGAACACGUGAUCGAUUCCUUCAGACCUGACCCGAACAGCUCAUCCUUCCAGAGACCAAGAAGAGAAACAAACAUCGCUAGUGGGUGCCCUACAUUCUGUCCCUUGUCGGAGUUCAACGAUCAUGCCUACGUCCGAGACGAUACUAUGUUUCUGAAGGUCAUAGUCGAUACGACGGAUUUAUAA